CAAAUGUCAUAAUACUCUCAAUUUUAAUUUAUGUCAUAAUAAUAAUAUAAUAAUAUUAAUAAUUAUUGUUUUUUCUCAGUAUUCAGAGAAAAUGCCCUUCGGACGGAAAUUUCCUCGUAAAUCACCAGCAGUUAAUAAUAUUGGUCGUCAACGCAAGCAAUAAUGGAUAGAUCAUCGUUCAAGGUUGAAUUAGUGCAGUGUACAGGUUGAAAAUAUGCAACCCCAAAUAAUCAACUACUCCCUUACGGAAAUAAUAAUAUGCUUGAUCGUAGUUGGAUAUGCAGCUGUCGAGUUGGUUCCUUGUGACAGAACCCGCAGAAUUUUUCAAACUUCCUGGGGUGUCAUAAGUGAUGGUCCUGUAGGCUCCAACUACACCCAAGACAGCCACUGUGAAUGGCUGAUCAAGGCUAAUGAUGCCCACAAAUUCAUAACUUUAAGUUUUCGAAGCAUGGGAACUGAAUGCUCUUAUGAUUAUGUAUUUGUAUAUGAUGGAGAUUCUUUCAACUCUCCACUUCUUGGCAGCUUUAGUGGCAAGACUGAGCCUCAGCAAGUUAUUGCAACUUCAGGGCAUAUGUUAGUAUUAUUGUAUAGUGAUACAAACUAUGUGUUAGAUGGUUUCAGAGCAGAGUUCUCUAUAACCAACUGUCCAAAUAACUGUUCUCAUCAUGGUGUGUGUUAUGAUCAUCUGUGUGCCUGUGAAACUGACUGGGGUGGAUAUGACUGUUCAAGAAAAUUAUGCCCUGAUAAUUGUGGAAGGAACUUAGGUCAUGGACACUGUGAUCAAGGACAGUGUAUCUGCCGCUCUGGCUAUUCUGGAGAGUCUUGUAAUCUGUAUGAAUUUGAUUCAGUUGGAAACAAAUGGCACUGGCUCUCUCAUUCUGAAGGGGGUUUACAACCUCGUGCUGCACACUCUGCAGUUUAUAUAGAAAUGACUGAUGCUCUGUAUGUAUUUGGUGGAUAUAAUCUCAAUACCGUCCUUGGAAACCUGGAAAUUUACAAUUUUCAAUCUAGUAAUUGGAGAGAUGAGAAUGGUGAUGUACUCCCAGAUAAAGGUCUGAUGAGUUCUAUAGAACCAAGUUCCAUUGCCAAAUUGAUAGAACAUGCUGGACCUGACUGGGAACAGAAGUGGGGCAUAAACAGCAAGACAUCCUUCCUGAGGAAUCUUCUUUACACUGUGAGUGAAAAUACAACAUUCACCAGGAGAAGACAGCGUCAUUCUAGAGUAACAGAGGACCAUAGGCCAUCACCCAGAUAUGGCCAUUCAGCUUGUGCUGUUUCUAAAGGCUUUGUUUUAUAUGGAGGUAAACUACAUAAUGGGAGUUUGGCCAAUGACUUGUGGUACUAUGAUGUCCAAACAAGGUUUUGGCAGUUGAGGGCAAGACUUUCUGAUGUACAACCUCCAAGGUUGACCAGACACUCUUUAACAUGUGCCAAUAAUGUUAUAUAUUUGUUCGGAGGUAGUACUGAGAAUGGUGAAUUUUCAUCAUCUCUAUAUAGCAUACAGCUUUCUCCAGAUUUUGAUGAAAACUGGCAGGAGAUCAAACCAAGAGGUGGAAAGCAGUUAGAUGUCCGAGUAGUGGCUCAUAGUACAGUUUUUUACCAAUCCACUAAUUCCUUAAUUGUGUAUGGUGGUAUUGUACCUGGAGUAGCAAGAUUUUCCAAGCUAUCUGAUAGGAUGUUUGUCUUUCAACUUGACAAUCGCCAUUGGACUGAAAUUCACUAUACCAGAGAGUAUCUCAGAGAAAAGUUUGUUCCUAGGGAACGUGCCUUCCAUACUGCCAAUAUUUUUGGUAAUUACUUGGUUGUGUUUGGAGGUUAUUCUCAUAGGCAUAAUAAAGAAGAGAUUUGCUAUGAUAAUCAGAUGUAUUUAUACCACUUGGGAUGUCAUACAUGGGUGAAUCCUGAUAUUCUUGGGAAGACUAAUGAUUCUAGAUAUCCUAAACAACAAGGUGUGUUCGCGCACGCGUCCGCUUCCCGCACCGACAACACCCUCCUCCUAGUGGGCGGUUACCAUGGCAACGUCAACGGCGACCUGCUCGCUUACACGCUGCCCCCGAUGGUCGCCGCGCGCAACCGCGAGCCCUACGACCCGGAGGCGGCGUGCGGCCGCCACCGGCACUACGCCGAGUGCUCCGCCGACCCCGAGUGCGGCUGGUGCUCGGCCGACGAGCGCUGCUACGGCAGGACGAUCGGUGCCAACUGUACGACCAAUUUGCAGACGACGCGAUGUCCGGGCGUGUGUCCCGCGCUGGGGGACUGCCAUUCGUGUUUGAUACACGGCGCGGCGGGGCGGGUGCCGAUGGUGUCGGCAGCUCAUAAGUUGGGUUUGGAUGAAUGUACCUGGUGCGUUCAAAAUGCCAAAUGUCACCACAAAGAUGAUAACUAUGGCGUUUGUGGUUUGCAAGAGGACAGUCCGAGUCAAAUUCCUGGAUGGUGGGGUCCUAAAGGAAUUGAAAUCUUGAAACCCAAUGAGUGUCGAAAGCUUGAUAGACGACCUGGACUGACAUUUGUUAAAUACCAUUAUCCUGUCAACUAUUCACAACCUGACACUGUUGCCAUCAUUAAUGCUACUACCGUGGAUUAUAUCAGUCCAACAAGUUCUUUAACUCGAGUCGAUUUCAACGGAGGAGAGAUGGUCGCUAGACUUUUGGGGUUUCUUAGGCUUCCGUCCAGCUGGCAGGAAAUGUUGAACGUAUGUGUCAGUUUCUGUUCGGCUACUUUAACAGUUUCUGAUUAUUCAUUAGCUAAUGUAACUUCGGAGGCGAAGGAAUGCAACGCCGUGAAAUGGCCGGACAAUCUAACUUUGGAUAGAAUAUCGGUCGAUUUCAAGUCUAAUAAGAUGGUUAAUAUGGGCUAUACAUAUAUGCAACAGAGCAAGAUGGAAUUGCAACAUUACAAAGAAUUGGAUGAUGCACCUAAGGUUUUCACGUUUGAGUAUCUAGAGCCAUACGCGAACGGCACCUGCGAACAAUACAAAAACUGCCUGCACUGUCUGACAGACUCACAAUGCGGUUGGUGUGAGCUGACCAACUCCUGUCAAUCGCGUUCCGAGGAUGAAGACGUCAGCUGCUCCCUCGACGACGAUUGGCAAUACCUGACCCUCUUGCCCAGCAGUUGUUCCAACUGCUCGAACUACAUCACGUGCGAGUCCUGCAUCGAUUCUAACCUAUGCGAGUGGUGGGUGGACGAAGCAAGAUGUCAGAGGAUAGGCCAGCGACCAGACGCCGCUGUUAGCUCGGACCAGUGCCCCACCCCGUGCUACAAACGCACCGACUGCGGCUCGUGCCUCGAGCAAAAAGGCAGAUGCGUGUGGUGCGAGGCGACGCAGCAGUGCUUCAGCUUCUCGGUUUACACCAGCGAGUACCAGUUCGGGCUGUGCAGGGAGUGGCUUGACCAGGUGUUUCCGCUGGUGUCGAGGCAGGAAAGCGGAUUGGUGUCGAUAGCUAGUAAGCCGCAGGAGCAGUGCAAGACUUGUUCGAUGCAUUCGAAUUGCUCGACUUGUCUGGGUGCGCUCAGUUGCGGGUGGUGUUAUAAUGGGUCCAAUCCUAUGACAGGCGUUUGUGUCCAAGGGGACUUCAACAAACCCCACCUGACCUGUUCCGUCGCUCUCGGCUCGCCCGACGCCAAAUGGGCCUACUCCCAAUGCCCUGACGUCGACGAGUGCGGCCUCGGCCUGCACGACUGCCACGACCAGGCCAUCUGCACCAACACCGACGGCUCCUUCAGCUGCCACUGCAAGAAAGGAUACAUCGGCGACGGCAGGAAGAACUGCCAUCGCACCUGCUUCAACGUCUGCAUCCAUGGCGCCUGUCAAGGGGAGCCGGACUAUUCGUGCAAGUGCGACACAGGGUGGUAUGGCGACGACUGCUCGAAGAAUUGCGGCUGUAAUAACCAUUCGGCUUGUCCUCGGGGAGAAGGGGUGUGUGAGGAGUGUAUGGAUAAUACUUGGGGGGAGUUUUGCCAGUUUUGCAAGUCUGGAAGUUACGGGAAUGCUACUACUGAGAAAGGUUGCCAGGCAUGUGAUUGCAAUCACCAUGGAAACGUAGACAAGGGUGAAUGUGACAUUGAGACUGGUGUAUGCUAUUGUGAAGAUAAUACGGAAGGGGACCAUUGUGAACGUUGUAAAUCAACGUAUUUUGGAGAUCCGCAGAACGGGAACCAGUGUUAUUAUCAGUGUGAAGCAAGAGGGUUAUUGAAGAAUUCUCAUGGACAAGGAAUUAGUUCCAAGCAAUCUUACAUACCACCUUGGGGAGGGUCUCCAACUAGGGAAUGUUUGUGGAUCAUCAAACCAGAUGUGGAUUAUGGAUCAGCAAUUAUUCAGCUUCAGAUAAAUUCUUCUCAACUCAAUAUAAGCUGUGGAGAGAAUGCUGUAUACGUUUAUGAAUUGAUUGAUAUGGGAAGUCAGAGUGCAUUAUCUGCUGCUCUUUGUACAGAAGAAGCUUUACCUGUUAGUAUCAUCGAAUCUAGAACAGGUCAACUAACCGUUCAUUAUAAACAAGGACUACUGGGAGAAAAUUUUAGCGCCGUCUACAAAGUGAUUAGCUGUGACGACUGUCGUCCACCUCGCGAAUGCCGCAAUGGCCAGUGUGUUUGCAAGGACGGUUUGGUGGGAUUCAAUUGUGAUGAAGUGAUUUGUCCGGAGAACUGUAGUCACGAUAACGGGCAGGGUUCUUGUGAUAAAUCGUAUGGUAGAUGCCUUUGUGCCGAAGGUUGGGCAGGCCCAUCAUGUAAUACAAGAGAAACCAAUUCUCAACUAAUAUUCACCGAAUUGUUCAACACUGUGAGGCUAGCAGAUAGUUUAGAACACUUCCGAAAAACUCUGCCUCGUUUUGGUCACUCACUUGUCUCUGAUCGCAGAGGCUCCCUCUGGAUGUUUGGUGGCUACUCUCUAUCACACGGACCUCUAAACGACAUCCGACUCUUCGACACUAAAAAUUUAACAUGGAUGCAAGUGACUGUAGAAUCUACGCCGGACGCGAAGAUGCCUACAGGGAGAUAUUUCCAUGGGUCUGACAUAGUCCAUACCCAAACAAUUUAUGUAUACGGAGGUCUGACUAAAAAAUUGAAAAGUUUCACUAAUAGGACCUUGGAUGACUUUUGGCAUUUUGACAUUCAAAAUCAAAGAUGGAACGAGAUAGAAAAGAGGGAUAUGUGGCCUCCUGCCGUAUCAGGGCAUACUCUAACUUAUCACAAAAGUCAAGAUAGUUUGGUUCUUAUUGGUGGUGUUUCGCCACAAAGUGGUUUUCUGAACAUGGUCUGGGAGUAUAAGUUAGAGAAAGAGCAGUGGCAUAUUUUGAAUACCAGGGGAUCUGGACCAUCUGGUAUUUAUGGACAUACGACUGUUUACCAUGCGCAGAGUAACAAUAUUUAUGUGUUCGGUGGAAUUGUUUACCAUAAACAGCAAGCUACUGUUUCUGGAGACCUGUACAUGUUGAAUUUCGAAAAUAAGACCUGGAUUCAAUUGAAUAAUCUUGGACCUGCUGCUCAUUGGCCCCGUCCAAGAUAUUUUCAUUCAGCUGUUACUACAGAAGACUACAUGAUGGUUAUGGGAGGAAGAAUAUAUCCUUGGAAUAUAAGUGAUACCUUGUAUACAUUUUCCUACAACUGCAAUCAAUGGCUAAACUUGAUGUCAGACGAUGUUGAAAAAAUAGGACCGUUCCCAACUCAAACUUACGCUCAAGCUAUGACAAUUGAGCCAGAUGGAGAUGCCAUCUAUGCCAUUGGUGGUUGGGGAAUUGAUACUCAGAGUACCGUUUUGAGGCUCGAACUGCCGAUGGACCUAUGUAACCUCUUGCCAAAAAGAAGUAGUUGCCUGUAUAUGUCGGGCUGUGGAUAUUGUGCCAAUCGAAGAAAUGAUGAUAUCAUUCUGGAGACGUGUCAUAGUAAUAAUAAGGAUUGUCCUUUAGAAACAAUCUCGAAUGCAUCUCUCAUAACGAACAUUGGCCAAAAAUGUGAUAUGUAUAGUUUUUAUCAGAGUUCUAACUGCUCAGCCGUCCAAGAAUGCACUGCUUGUCUACAAAGCGGUUGUUACUGGUGCCAAGGAAUAUGUACAACCAAUAACAGCACCUGUGAGAGUUCUUCAGGGAAAUGCCCCUAUAAUAAGUGUGUCGCCACUGAUUGUGUGCAGUGCCAUCAGAUUUCGGGUUGUGAUUGGAACUAUGCCACCAAAGAAUGCAUACCAGUAACCCAAGCGCAAGAACCCAACUCGGUCGCCGUCUGCCCCCAGCCGUGCAUCGACUACUCGAGCUGCGGCUCCUGCCUCGAGGCCGCCGCCGACUGCCGCUGGUCCACGCAGCUCGACGAGUGCCUCUCGUCCGCCUACCGCGACCUCUACUGCGCCGGCGGCGUGUGCGGCCUGGUGUUGCGCGCAGACGACCGGCGGCACUGUCCCGAGCCGUGCGGCUCGUUCGCGCAGUGUUCGAGCUGCCUGAGCCGCGCGCACUGCGGCUGGUGCGCCGCGCCCGGGUGGGAGGGGGAGGGGGUGUGUGCGGAGGGGUCGAGCGAGCGGCCGGCGGCAGGGACGUGCCGGGAGGUGUAUUUCGAGAGUAGUGGGAAGCUGCUGGAGGAGGAUGACGCUUUACUAGAAUUCAAUAUAACUAAUCAAUGGCAAUGGCAUUAUGUGAAAUGUCCUCCCGAAAACGAAUGCACAAAUGGACAUCACAGCUGUGUGGCAGAAUCUGAAAUAUGUGUUGAUUUGGAUGAAGGUUUUGAAUGCAGAUGUGGCUCAGGCUAUAAAGCUGGUUCCAGUGGAUGUGAACCUGUUUGUCCAUUAGGCUGUGUCCGUGGUCAGUGUGUCCAACCUAAUAAAUGUCAAUGCGACUUUGGCUAUGUCGGUGCUAACUGCAGUAUACAAUGUCAAUGCAACGGCCAUGCUAACUGUGAAGGUCCAGACAAAUUGGACAAGUGCUUGUUAUGCCACAAUAACACGAUGGGACCGCAGUGCGAGAAGUGCAAGCCUCUUUUCGUUGGAGACCCAGCUGAUGGUGGUAAUUGCGUGCCUUGUUUGGAAUAUUGUCAUGGGCACAGUUCGAUCUGUGUCGAUAACAGUACAGAUCUCGAUCCAGAUGAUUAUAUUGAUUAUGAUUACAUCAAUGAGAACUUGAGGGAAGGGCCGAAGAAUAAUGCCCGAUGUUUGAGGUGUGGAAAUUUAACCUCAGGGGCACGAUGUGACGAAUGCAUCAUUGGAAACUUCCGAGGUACGGAAGACCACAGGGAUCCUUGCCGUGCUUGCGAUUGUCACGGCCACGGCGACACUUGCGACCCCAUCCACGGCGAUAAAUGCAAUUGCCAAAACAACACCGAGAGCGACGUCUGCCGAGGGGUGGCGGAAAAAAAUUCCGCCCAUCCUUGCUGGAUGGUGCAAUGUUCGAAGUGUAAAGAUGGAUAUCUCGGAACGCCGACGUCUGGCCAUCAAUGUUAUAAACAGAUGCACGUGGACAACAAGAUGUGUUUUGAUGCCAAACCUCUGGAUGAAUGCAAGAUGAAACCCAAACCUCUACAUCCCGGUGAAGUAGUAUUUUUCGUUAUUCAACCCCGAUUCAUGAAUGUCGAUAUAAGAAUAAUAAUAGAUGUCACUCAAGGUAAAAUGAAUGUGUUCAUGAGCACCCAUGAUGACACAUACGUUGCGUAUUCGAAUUCCACAACGGGUGUCAUCGAUAUUGAUGUCGAUGGACAGUACGGACAUUGGGAAAAUGGCACACUCAAAUCCAAAGACAUGUAUUUGGCAAAGGAGGCUGUAGGACUAAGGACAUACAUCACAAUUACGCAGCCGAAAACAAUUCUUCUUGUUAAACACUUGCAGGAUAGACUAGUCAUCACAUUACCAGAGGAGUACCACAGCCUGGAGACCACUCGCUUCUUCCUCGUACUGCAAGCCCUCGAGCCAACCGAUACCGACAAGAAGGUCUCCUAUGGCGUCGUCUUCUCGCGCCAGGACCAGCUCCAUAUCGACCUGUUCGUCUUCUUCUCGGUCUUCUUCUCGUGCUUCUUUCUCUUCCUAGCGGCGUGCGUAGUCGCGUGGAAAGCGAAGCAGGCGGCGGACGUGAGACGCGCCAGGCGCCGUCACGUGGUCGAGAUGCUGCACAUGGCGAAGCGGCCGUUCGCCGCCGUCGCUGUUAGCCUGACGGCGGGCGGCAGGCCGAAGUCGAAGAAGGCGGCGCGGUGCGAUCUGAGGCCGGUGGCAAUCGAACCGACAGGCGAUGGAGUAGCAGCCGUCGCAACUGUAUUUGUCAGUUUACCUGGUGGACAAAGCACAUCAGUCAAACUGGCAUUAGCAUCAUCACUGAUAUUACUUACAAGGCAGUUCCCUACUGGUGGAAGGAUUUUUUUGAGGAGGCGAUCUAUACACGCAGCACCACCGACAUAAUUUUUAUGUUUUUUAUUUUAUAUUUUAAGUCUGUUAUUAUUUAUGAAUAAAAAUCAAAACAGAAAACGACAA